AUGGCAUGGCCACCACCACCACCACCAGACUCUGCAUCUCUUGGAUCUUGCUCUCGCUCCAGCUCCGUCCGAAUCACCCGUAAGACAGAUUGCGCCACAUCGUAUCCCCCAUCGCCCGGGUCACAGCAAGAUUCCAUCAAGUCUAACGAGGUCUUUGAAAAUGUCGACCUUUCAUCCAGUCUCGAUGGUCUGCACAUCAACGGUGUCGAGGCUUGGAAUACUUUGAGCAGCAUGGCUGUUUUAGGUUUAGAGCCCAACAGCGGCGACUCCCAUGACGAUCUCAUUCCAUUCCCUCGGGUAUCAGUUGAUAGCAGCAACGACGACGAUCAUGAGCAUUCGGACUCGGACACGUCCUCCAGACGAGGUCCAUUUUACAAAUGGAUGAAAACUCUCCAUCGACGCGCCAAGCAGCGAGCACAGCCUAUGAAUGGAGACGGUACCCUACCCUGGAAGCUCCUAGAUUCGGCUGAUAGCCGCCGCUCGCUGGCCUAUUCCAAAACCGAGCGCAGCAGCAGAGGUUCUUUCACCGCGACUAGAUUUUCAGAGGACAGUUGUAAUGCCGAGUGGCCAGCUCAGGUUGACCCGUUGGCAACCGAACGCGCUUUGCAGCGUAGACGCAUCUUGGAGGAACUCAUCAGCACUGAGGAAGGUUAUAUUGCGGACGUCCGCUUCCUGAUGAACGUUUACAUUACAAUUCUCGCUUCCCUGCCUACUCUACCUCCGGGGCUUAGGUCCUCGAUCAACCGUAAUCUCACAGAUAUCGUUGAACUCCAUGAAGAGCUACUGGGCGAGCUGCACCGCGCUGUACCGGACUCAGAGUACACCCAGAUGGAGAUCCCGUCGUUGCCCAGAAAGCCCCCUAGCCGUGGACAUCAGCGAAUGAGGAGUCUCGAUUCAGUGCCAGAAGACGACGACAGGGCCAUAAGCUGGCUUCAAGAAGUACCUGGUAUGAUAUCUGAAGCACAGGUUGCUGGAGAUGUAGCGAAGGUGUUCAGUAGAAAGAUGAACCGCUUCUUCAUUUACGAGGAAUACGGCGCAAAGUAUGAAAUGAUGAUCAAGGAUGUUGCUUCGGCUCAUCGGACUAUGCCGCAAUGGGAUACGUAUCAGAGAGGCAUUGAGACACUCGCUUCAUCGUUGGGCUCUGCGAACAGUCAUGCCGACCAGGCAAAGAAGUCACUGACUAUUGGAGAUCUCCUUGUCAAGGUCAGCAAUGUGCUCCAAUCGGGACCAGACGUGGUGCUGAUGAACUUUCAGCCAAUCCAGCGGAUCUGCAAGUAUCCUCUGCUUUUUGCCGAACUUCUGAAGCACACACCUGUGGCAGACUGUCCGAACUCCCACAUGGAGGUUGAAAGCGCUCUUUUGCGACUGCGAGAGGCCACAGCUGAGAUCAAUCGAGCGACGAACGACAGGCGAAUGAAAUCCACGCUGGAAAGAACUUGGGUUCUUCAAGACAGACUGGUCUUCCCGGAGCAGGUAACUUCAGCCAGCAAAGUGGACCAGAUCUACACUAUCCAAGCGUGUAUCAACCUGGCCAGCAUCAAGAUCGAGGAGGCGGAUAAUGGGAGAGGUCUUCAAUGUCAUACAGCUCCAUUCUCAUGGAAACUUGUUUUUGAGUGCGAUUCCCAGCUAUACGAGAUACUCAUGACUGCCUGUUCGCCUCGAGAGCAAGAAGAAUGGCGAAGCCGGUUGUCGGUUGCCAGAACGGGAGAGCAAGAGCAGAUCGACCCUAAUCUGUACAGCUCAAUGUCUUUGAACAUGAAGAGUCUCGGUACGGUGUUUAGAAAACCAGGCACUGUUGCCCGUCGGAUAUCGAUUCAUCGCGCCACCACAGUUGGCCCAAAAUCGCCCUUGUGUCAGGUCAUUUUGAAGAAUACUAGUGUUCUGCGAGACAAUUCAGAUGCCGCAUCCACUACAUCUAUCAAUCGCUCGCAGUCGCUGCUCACAACGAGCCCUCGCAUUCCAAUUCUGGCACCUCCACGAGGCGAGAGAGCUCGACUUGAAGCUCUCAUGUCUGACAUCUGGAGCCGAGAUAUCCUCCCGUUCCCCGGUAUGACUGGUAGAUCUCGCUCUGAACACUUGGUUCGAAGUUCUGCUAGUACAAUGAUGCGGAAGCUCAGCGUUGCAAGCAUCGCCAGCUCUUUUGCAAAGAGGUCCAACAGCGUUGCAAGCAUGGGGAAGCUCGUCCCUGACGAGAAUGUGGGAGAGAAGCAAGAAAACGCGCAUCACGGACAUGCCUCCAAGCUUUGCGAAGAGGAUAGUCCGAAUAUUGCACACGGUCUCGACGACGAAGCUGGUGAAACAGCAAAGACUCGCUUGCCCAAAAUCGACGACGAUGUCGAGGUUAUAAGCACGGUUAGCGCUCCGGCGACCCCGAUGUUGAAUCCGGCCAAGAUUCUUGUUCAUGCAGAUCCAGUCGAACAAUUGCGGCUGGAACACAUCUACUCUGGGGACGCGUAUACAUCGAGACCAUCCAUUUUGCGCACUGCGUCAGGAAACAACUUGCCGAGAGUGCGUCGAGACCAGAUUUCCGACAGAAAAUCACCCUGUCCGUCCGAGAAAGGUGUUUACCGGGAGCAUCAACAUCGAGCACCAAAAGGGCCCAAACUGUCCCACAAGGCGUCGAUGCGCUGGGGCAAGGCUGGCACAUUGAACAGAGACGAUUUGGUCCAGGGCAUCCGAAGCUUCUUUCGAUGA